UUGAAAUAUCUAGUUUCCCGCGCAAAACAAAUGUAUUUUUUUUUCGCACUAGUUUAAAACAACAGGCGAGGCGGAUUAUUUUUGCUUGUAAUUAUAUGCGACCUUGUUUUUUUUUUUUUUUUUUUUUACGUUCCAGCGUCAUCACAAAGAAAACCGUCUUAGCUACUGAAUAUUCUAACAUAUUUAACUCAACAUCUUGAUAAGCUUUCGUUAGUUGAAGGCUGGCUGCCGCUUGUAUAAGAGAACGUAAAGAUUUUCCUCGGUAACGACUUAACCACUUGUUUUCUUUAUAAUGACGUCCAGCGGACCUGCUAUUGAUUCUAACUGCAUGACUUUGACGAGGUUCAUGCUAGCAGAACAGAAGAAAAUACCGUCUGCCACAGGCGAUCUUACUCAGCUUCUAAACAGCAUUCAAACAGCUGUGAAAGCAGUCAGUUCUGCCGUUAGAAAAGCUGGGAUUGCGAAACUGUAUGGAAUAGCAGGCUCCACCAACGUUCAGGGAGAGGAGGUCAAGAAGCUAGAUGUGCUGUCCAAUGAGCUGUUUAUCAACAUGCUGCAAUCAUCCUUCACAACAUGUCUGCUCAUCAGCGAGGAGAACGAAACCAUCAUUGAGGUGGAUGCUGACAAACAAGGAAAAUACAUUGUGUGUUUUGAUCCGCUAGAUGGUUCUUCCAAUAUCGAUUGUCUGGUGUCUAUUGGGUCCAUCUUCGCAAUUUACAGAAAGAGGGCGGCGGAUAUUGGGCCAUUCCUGACCGAAGCCUUGCAGCCUGGGCGAAACCUGGUAGCGGCCGGCUACGCCCUCUAUGGCAGUGCUACAAUGAUGGUUCUAUGCACCGGUAGCUCUGUCAAUGGCUUCACCCUGGACCCUGCUAUUGGAGAGUUCGUCCUGACGGAAGCAGACAUGAAGAUACCUCCUCGAGGGAACAUCUACAGCAUCAACGAGGGCUACUAUCACUCCUGGGAUGGCGCAGUUAAGGAAUAUGUAAACAGCAAGAAGAAUCCCACGCAUGGCAAACCAUAUGGCGCACGCUACGUGGGGUCCAUGGUCGCCGACGUACAUCGCACACUCAAGUACGGUGGCAUCUUCAUGUACCCGGCUACUAAGGACUCUCCGAAAGGCAAGUUACGGCUGCUGUACGAGUGCAACCCCAUGGCCUAUGUGAUAACAAAGGCAGGAGGGCUGGCGUCUGAUGGCUCCACCCCCAUUUUGGACCUGGUCCCCGAGGCGAUCCACCAGCGCUGCCCCAUCUUCCUGGGUUCUCGCCUCGACGUGGAAGAACUGCUGGCGGUGAUGCGAGCCCACCGCCACUGACGGCCACUUCUGCUGUUUGCCCCUGUCCUGGCCAUAAGUACUCAGGCAUACCACAUAUAUACUUUAUCUUCCUGACUCCUGCCUUGAUUUAGAGGAGCAACUUUCUCUAUACAUGCCGCUAAUAAAUUAUACUCCUGCUUUUCACACCCAUUCUAUUCUGGCAUUUUUAGAGUCCUGCUUCAUGUUCCUAAUGCUGUAGCCAAUCAACCUCGAUGUGAAGAAGCUGCUGGCUCUGUAUGCAUAGCUAAUGACUGCCACUUUGCUGUUUACUUCCAUAAUGGUUCUGGUUGUCAAGCCGAUCAUACAACCUUGUUUCACCUUCCUUUUCUCGCACCUUAAUGUGAAGACAUUUUUAGCUACUGCCUGCUACUUUUAUUUUUUCAUCCAUUCUGAUCCUGGUUGAAAAUGCAAUCGUCCAUCUUCCUUUGACCAUGGUUUUAUUUUUUAGGGGCUGCUAGUUCUAUGCGUUUAAUCCUAACUGACACUUAGAGUAUUUAUUCCAUCCUGAUCCUGGCUUUAAAAAAAAUCACGCAGCCUUGUUUCAUAUUUCCUUACUUAUUGCCUUGAUAUGUGCGAGUUGUUGGCUCUGUACAUGAAAAUGCUGACUGCCACUAUGUGGCUUUCUCUAUCUUGAUCCUGGCUACUAAGGAAAAUAUACAGCCUGGUUCUAUCUUCCUUUGCCUGUGCUUUGACAUAAAGUAGUUCCUUUUGACCACCACUUUGCUUAGCUGUUAUUUAUUUGUCCUAGUUACAGAAACAACCACACAGCCUUGUUUCAUCUUUCUUUGCCCGAGCAUAUGGGUGAAGUAAUUGACUUUGAAUGUCACUUUACUGAAUUGUUAAUUACUGGUUCUAGUUACAGAGACAAACCUACAACCUUGUUCCAUCUUCUUGCCCGUAUCUUGGCGUGAUGUAGUUGCCUUCUAUUGUCACUUUGUUGAAUUGUUAAUUCCUUGUCCUAGUUACAGAGGCAAACAUUCAACCUCCUUCAAACUUCCUUUGCCUGAGCCUUGGCGUAAAGUUGUUGCAUUUGAAUGCUACUUUGCUGAAUUGUUAAUUCCUUGUACUAGUAAUAGAGGCAAAAAUAAAGUCUUGUUCUAUCUUCUUUGGCCCAUACCUUGCAUGAAUGAGUUUUUUUGGUUCCUUUUUUCUCAAUUGUUUAUUCAUUGUCCUAGUUACAGGAGCGAACAUUUAACCUUGUAUCAACUUUCUUUGCCUUUACCUUGGCGUAAAUUAGUUGCUUUUGAAUACCUCUUUGCUGAUUUGUAAAUUCCUUGUCCUAGUUACAGUGGCAAACAUACAGCCUUGUUCCAUCUUCGUUUGCUCAUGCCUUAACAUGGAAGAUCUGCAGGUCCUGGUAUAUUUAGCCACUACAUGCUGCUCAGUCUGCUUGAACCCCCAAAACAUAAUUUGCUAUUAUAGUUUAAUAAUAAUUUAAAAUGUUAAAUAUUGGCUUCCAUUGAAAAAUGAAAACGUUUUAAUUAGCAAGCCUUAAAAGAAAUUUGAAUAUUAGGUGUAAAAACUUUAUGGCAAAAAGAUGUCUGUUUGUUAUAAGUUUAUUAUUUUGUGAAACUCACUGAAACUUUCAAAAAAAAAUUUUUGUUACAAGUUACAGCUGUACAAGCUAGCCCAAGUCAUUAAAAAUGAUUUAUUAAUUUCACUAGCAGAUAUGGUGUGUAUGAAGAUGACAGAUGAUAGCUAUCUUGAGGUUAACAUACAAUUAUUUAAAGACUUGUUACAAGUAAUAAGAGCAGUGUUGUUUUAACACACUCAUUUUUCUUAAAGGCCAGUAAAAACAAUUGGCAAAUACGGAUGUUGGAGCAGUGGGCAGCAUGGGACAUUGCUACUGUGUUUUAUCUAACUUAUUUGCAGGGCAGGAACCACAUUUAGCUACAUGAUCCUUUUUAAUGUUAAGUGUGAAUUACAAUGUUUCCUAAGCAGGUAUGACUUUAAUAUUUUUUUGUAACAUGCUUAAUUUGUGUAUUACCAUUCUAAUAAAGUUAAACAAAAUUUUUUGAACUA